AAGGCUCACCAACGAUCACCAACGAGUUAAACACAAUUACCCAUUACAUUCAGAUAACAUCACAGCUUCAACAAUUCGGCAAACAUGAAAAUUCGCACUACCAUCAACUCAAAAUUACCGGUCACUAAUCCUCGCUAUCAAUAUUAUGCCGCAGUUACCGCAACUCUAUGUAUUAUGACAAGUGCCAUGCACUACGGAUGGCCAUCACCAUCCAUUCCAAAACUACUCGAUGGGUCUCACCUGGAAGUAACAAACGAAGAAAGUUCCUGGAUUGCUGUAAUGCCACUGAUCGCAGCCAUCUUUGGUGCGAUAUUCUCCGGCACAUUACUGGACACCAUCGGACGAAAAAAUACAAUACUACUAUCCGGUAUCCCAUACGUUGUUUCCUGGCUGAUGAUUGCGUUCAGCAACAAUGUGGCGUUGAUGUACGCAGCGAGAUUUCUCGCUGGCGUGGCUGAUGGUGUCGCAUUCACAGCAGUUCCAAUGUACAUUGGUGAAAUAUCAGAUCCCAACAUCCGAGGUCUGCUUGGUUCCAGUUGCUCAGUAUCAAUGAUACUAGGUAUAUUAAUAAUCAACGGAUUGGGUCUGUACUUAAGCAUUUUCACAACCGCACUGAUAUCAAUCCUUCUACCCAUUGCUAUGAUGGUCAGUUUUUGGUUCAUGCCUGAAAGCCCAUACUAUUUGAUCAUCAAGGACCGCUAUGACGACGCCAAAGACAGCCUGAAAAUCUUGAAAGGCAUCACCGACGUCGACUGGGAAUUCAACAGAUUGAUGAACUCCGUUAAAGAGGAUGCAUCCGACACCGGGCACUUCUUCGAUCUCUUUACCGUGGCCAGCAACCGGAAAGCCGUGCUCAUAAUGAUCGGACUGCGCACUGUGCAACAAUUGAGUGGAAUAACUGCAAUCACGUUCUACACCCAAACCAUCUUCCAAGAGACCGGCCAGCACAUCUCAUCCGAACUCACGACCGUGACUUACUACGUGGUGCAAUUAAUUAUGACGUGUUUGUCGUCGUUAAUUAUGGAUAAGGCUGGCAGGAGGCCCUUGAUGCUGAUUUCAACCACUGGUACGGUAUUAGCCUUAAUGGCCGAAGGAAUUUACUUUUAUCUGGAAAAAAACACCACGGUCGAGUUGGCCCAUCUCAAUUAUGUGCCAGUUAUUGCGCUAAUUGCUUUUAUCAUUAGCUACAGCAUCGGAAUGGGCACGAUUCCAGUGCUGAUGUUAGGCGAAUUGUUUCCGACCAAUGUCAAGGCAUUCGCCAUUUGUUUAGCUGAUAUUUAUUUCAGUAUUAUUGCGGCGGUUGUGUCGAAAUUCUUCCAGAUUAUGAAAGAUAACUUUGGCAUGUAUGUGCCAUUCUUCUGUUUUACAAUUUGUUGCUUCUUGGGUAUUUUGUUUGUGUUUGUUAGCUUGCCGGAAACAAAAGGUAAGACUUUGGAAGAAAUUCAAGAUGAAUUAAAAGGAAUUAAAAGGGUUGAUCCGGAGGAAGAUAAACAUGAAAAUGUUUAAAGUUUAUCAUAUUCCUUUUACAAAUUUAAGGCUGAUUUAGAACUGAUAUAGAAAUAAUACUUGUUACUCAAUAUGUAUUUAUGUAUUUUAGUUAUAGAAUAGGUGUGAAUUGUAUAAAUUCAACGUCUUGAACUGAAUCAAACAAAUAGUGUGGAUUGUAGCAAUGCACAUACUCUCAUAAAUAAAAUUCUUUAUUUAAAAA